UUUAUCUUCAAAACUCAAGGGAAGCCCUCCAACCAAAAUCUCUCUUGCUCUCCCUCCACAAACCCUAAGGCAAGCAUGCUUCUCCAGCCAUAUCUACACCACCAUAAGGCCUCACUUUCGUCAGCUAUCUCCUACUCUCGACCCCUCCCAUGGAUAAAUCGCUAUUGUGCCCUUCUCCAAUCAGUAAAGUACCGCAAAAUUACAGUCACUUGCUCAAUAUCUCAAGUCCACAGCUACGGAACUGUGGAUUAUGAGAGAAGACCCAUGAUCAAAUGGAGCUCUAUCUACAGGAGAAUCUCUUUGAUGGAAAAACCUGAAUUGGGCGCUGCGACUGUGUUGAAUCAGAUGGAGAAAGACGGCAAGAAGCUCACUAAAUGGGAGCUUUGUAGGGUUGUCAAGGAAUUGAGGAAGUUCAAGCGGCACAAGCAAGCUCUGGAGGUUUAUGAUUGGAUGAAUAAUAGAGAAGAGAGGUUUAGAUUAUCUGCCAGUGAUGCUGCAAUUCAAUUAGACCUUAUUGCAAAAGUGCGCGGAGUUUCUGCUGCUGAAGAUUUCUUUUUGAGACUUCCAGAAACUGUAAAGGACAGGAGGAUAUAUGGGGCUUUGCUCAAUGCUUAUGUGAGAGCUAGAAUGAGGGAAAAGGCAGAAUCUAUGAUCGACAGCAUAAGAAAUAAAGGUUUUGCCACACAUGCACUUCCAUUCAAUGUGAUGAUGACUCUAUAUAUGAACCUCAAGGAAUAUGAUAAAGUUGACAUGAUGAUUUCAGAAAUGUUGGAGAAAAACAUCAGACUUGAUAUUUAUUCUUAUAAUAUCUGGUUAUCAUCUCGUGGAUCCCAAGGAUCCGUUGAAAGGAUGGAGCAGGUAUUUGAGCAAAUGAAACUGGAUACAACCAUUAAUCCCAACUGGACAACAUUUAGCACUAUGGCCACAAUGUACAUAAAGAUGGGGCAAUUAGAUAAAGCUGAAGAUUGCCUGAGGAAGGUUGAGAGCAGAAUCACAGGUCGGGAUCGGAUACCUUAUCACUAUCUCCUAAGCCUAUAUGGUAAUGUUGGCAAAAAAGAAGAGGUUUAUCGUGUGUGGAAUGUUUACAAAUCAAGUUUUCCCAAUAUUCCCAAUUUGGGAUAUCAUGCUAUUAUCUCAUCUUUAGUCAGAAUGGGUGACAUUGAAGGCGCAGAAAAGCUUUACAAUGAAUGGCUGCCAACUAAGACAUCAUAUGACCCUAGAAUAGGAAAUCUUCUCAUGGGUUGGUAUGUUAAAGAGGGAAAUUUUGAUAAGGCUGAAAGUGUCUUUGACCAUAUGGCAGAAGUGGGAGGAAAGCCAAAUUCUAGUACAUGGGAGAUUCUUGCAGAUGGGCAUGUCAGAGAGAAGAGAAUUUCUGAGGCUUUGUCUUGCUUUAAGGAAGCUUUUCUUGCUGAAGGAUCAAAGAGAUGGAAGCCAAAGCCCAUAAUUGUAUUAUCCUUCUUUAAGCUGUGUGAGGAAGAAGCUGACAUGUCAAGUAAAGGAGUUUUGGAGGUUUGGUUGAGGCAGUCGGGAUAUCUUGAAGAUGAAAAUUAUGCAUCACUUGUUGGCCUGUCUAAAGAACUGUCGAAUGAGAAAGAUAGGACAGGUAAUAUAAGUGACAAUGAGGAGAGUGAAAUACUUCUCAACCAGUUGCAGGGUAGUCUCUGAUAUAUUUACUGUUCCAUGCGUGUGUGGGAGAUUGUUGUUUUGAGCUUUUGUGCUGGCCAGAGUGUAUCUACACUCAAAUUAUCAAGUUAACAUCUCUGCUUUUUCAUGGCGAUCGUGUCAAUCGAGACAAAUGCACUCAUGCUAAUGGUUCCAGAAAUGGUCUUUGGUGUAGCCAUACUGCAUAUAGGCAUGCCAAUAUGUCCUCAAAGAAAUAUAACCUGUCAAUUUUAGUGACUGCAACUCUUGAACUUUUAUUCUCUUAUAGAUCUUGUAUCAUUCUUUUCCCUUUCAGCUAUAUUUCUAUAUUUCUAGCUUAAAGUUGAAUGACUGAGCUCUCUCUCUCUCUCCGUGUGUGAUUAUAGUACUACAUAUUAGAGAGGCAGAGUUGGAUGUAGUUGAUCCAUCUAAUAUAUUCUAGAAGUUGCUCCA